UCGAUGCGUUUUCCGAAGGCAUUCGCAAAUGAAAAUUUUGGUUUCAGAAGCUGACCAUUUACAUUUGAGUGGUGUUUAUUUGAAUAAACGAUAGUGGCAUCGUAUAGGUAGUUGUGGGUAUUUUAUUAUGAGGAGUUGCAGACAAUGUCAGAUGGAGCUUAUAUCCAAUGAGAUUUGAAUGGUAAUUAUUCAGUGGUUCAGAGGUAAGUUGCGUCCUGGUAUGAAUUGAGCGCGCGAACAACGCUCCCAAAAUAGACGAGAAAAUAACAUUAUUAUCGCAUUCACACCAAACAGACGAGGGAAAUAAGCGUGACACAUUGCCAGAACAGCGCCAUUGUGUUCACAUUUUUCGCAAUUGCACACAGCCCGAUAAGCUCCGAGAAAAAGUGCUCAAUUAUGCUAAACUCCUGGAGACGAGUAUAGAGUAUUUUUAGAAUUCUGGCCAACGCAACCUGUCGCGUCGUAUUUUACAGUAUAAACUUAAUCAAGAUUGCAUAGUCAAAUUCGCGGAACCAUUUUAUGUGGGUGCGAAAAAGUUGUCAUUUUGCAGUUGGACUCCUGCGAGUUGAUAAUAUGACGCUAUAGCCGACGCGUACGGAUGUUAGUAUUCACAUACGACGAGAGCAUUGCUCAAGAAGGAUAACGCCUUUCUCACCGAAGCCAAGGCUGAUGCCUCAAAGGGAGAUGGAGAUCGGCAUAUUCAGACAUGGGGUAUAUCUGUCGAAGCAUUUCUACACGAUCAUUGUAAUGUUCUUAUGUUUGUGUCAGGUUUACGGGGAAGAUUUUUCUGCAGAUAUUCUCGCUAGAAAUGCCGACAGUUUUGUAAAUACUAAACAUGGAAACUCGAUAGAAAUCCCCGUCAAUGCGCCUUUAUACACAAAUGGAAAAAUCGACAGUUUGCUGAAGAAAACGCGGAACUUGGUGGAGAGAAGAAAACCCAAUGUUACUUCGAAUACUCGUGUGGAUUUUAAAAGGUUUUCUUCAUAUAAUGGGCAAGGAAAUAACGUGAGAGAUUGGCAGGCGCUGAAGAGAACUGCUAAACGCAGCGCGAAUUUCAUCACAGUGACAGGGAAACCGGAAUUUGUGAAGCUACCCGAGAAUGCCCAUGGAGAAAGCGAUCAGAUUUCACUCGCUGUCAGGCAGACCAAGGCUGCUGAGACGGACUCGCUUCAAAUGAUCUUCCUGAGUAUCGCCGGUACCGCUGUGCUGGUCGUUGUGGUAGUUGCGUGUCUUCACAUGCCUUGUCAUUGCUUCAAGACUCACUACAAGAGCGAUCUAGACCUUGAUCUGGAUCUCAUAGGCUGCCCCAACCCCUCCGCCAGGCACAAGGGAAGAUGCGGUAAAUGCCUGUUUGACCGCAUGGCUAAGAAGAAGGCGAAGAAGUCCUUUAUACCUCGGUCUCCAUCAACGCCAGUUUCCAUUGGGAGGAAUAAUGAUGAUCUCUUCUUGGCUUCCGAGAGUAUGUACUCGGCGCAGCCCCCUUGGAUGGAAGACUUCGGGAUGGGAUCCAUGACAGAAAUCCCAACCAAACCCAAGAAAAAAUCACGCUCAAUUAUCCAGACAAUUCUUCGACGCUCCCGAUCACGCGAUAAGUUCCGCUACGAAUUCCUAGCGGCGAAGUACGGUUACAACUACAAGCAGUUCAACCACCCAGAGCACAAACGCAGCUCCCUGUAUGAUGAGAACGAACCAGAUUGGUACAGCGCCGGAGAAUUUCUCAACAGGCAGUCAAGGCAUCGAGCUCAGAGGAUGUACGGAAGCACAGAUCCUGGCAGGACGACUUGCACACAUGGCUGCUUUUCAAAGCUGUCACGUGACGCACCGGCCAAUCAGAGCGUCGAAGACAUUAUGAAAUCGAAACCGAGGCGCCGGCAAGUUGUUGAGCUGCAAGAGUUUCCAAUUGGAUUUUCAGCGCAGAAUUAUCAGUCAAUGGAAAAUUUCUGCCAACAUGAAAAGGGGGUGGUGGUUGAACGCCCGAAGAACGCGUUGAAAAAGUCUCAGUCGCGGCCGUGUAGUCAUUCGGAAUCAAAUCUUGAAUCAGUUGCAGCACACUUUGAGCAAAAGCCUCCUCCUUUGAAGAGGCUCUCAAUCGAUGAUAGCAAAUCGUCGAGUAGAAGUUCUUUUGGAGACACUCCCAGGGCAAGCCCCAGUCCAAAACUCAUCCAAUUUUAUCCCGCGAGCUUUAACUACGAAACCAGCUUCGUGCAGACUUCCGAAAAGUACCCAUGCGAAAAACACAAAGAGAUGAUUGACAAGCAUACUGAUCCUGUGAUAGUGGACGAAUCAUCAUCAGAAGAUCUGAUGAGCUUUGACGAAGACGAGGAAGAGAAAGGAGGUUUGUUUGACUACUCAGCGCAGAUACCACAUUACAGACACAACCCGUAUCAACAGCAUCUAGAUGGGUUCAAUGGUUACGCAGAGAUGCCCCAAUACAGCUACUAUACGAACCCGCAAACGAGGAUACGGAGGACCGUUCGCAGCGAAAGCGAGCUUCGCCGAGCGAGAGAUAUGCAGAGCGUGCCACCACAACGUAAGACGAAAAUUCAGUCGAAGACGCGCCCCGUCUCAUCUUCGGACACGACUCUAAACAAGACGCACAUUCUGAAGGAGUUAGCAUCAGUGGGGUUUGCCAAGCCAAGCCGUAACAAAAAACCUGCAAAACCAGUCAGAGACGCGAGAAUUGAUCCUUUGGUAGGAAAGGUUUCGCCAAUGAUCAAAACUAAAGAAUCCAAGCCGAGCAAACAGGGCAUGCAUUUCCAAGAGAGAAGUACAGUGGUACAAAUGCCCGAUAACUACUCAUGUAAAGAGGUUCUCUUGGAUGAAGAUUUAAAUAAAAGCAAAGUGACUUGUAAAUUAGACGGAUUAGAUGAACAAUUCGAUAAGGGUUCAGCUAUUGACUAUUCACAUGCGCCAAAGGAUGCUGAUGAGAAAUACUUGAAAAAGAACGUUCUACGGGAUGAGCCCGUUAGGGACACAGACAGUGAUACCGAGGGACAUGAUAUCACCAGCUCAGUCGGACCCAGUCCUGUUCAGUACCAGUCAUCUGUAGUCCAUUGUAAAGAGAUUGGUGUUGGGAGUAAAACAAGGGAGGAAUUACUGACAUCACAACCGCAGUGAGCUCCAAUGACACCAAGGGGAAACCUGAUGAAACCGCACUAGCGUGGCCUGUGGCCGCUCUCAUUCGGGUUUAUUCGGAGCUGUUUUGUUUCGAAUAUUGGGAAUUCUCUUGUCCCAGCGCACCUUGGCCUUCACCACCAAAAAAACAUCCCAAUAAACCCGAAUGAGAGCCGGCUAGCAGCCUGGCGAUUGAGCCACAGACAGUCAUAGUCUUCCUUACAAAGUACAAAGCAGCGGCGAUGCUCGGUGUUUCGGCAUCUAUUUGUUUGCCUUGGAAAUUUGCAGAGUGUACAAGACUAACAAUGUCGCGAGAUGUUAUAACAACAAAGAACUGAUAUCCGAUGAACACAGUUAUAAAAAUUUGCCCGUAGGGAGCGGGCUCCUGGGGGUUGACCUAUCAUUAGAUUAGAUAUAUGAACAUCAACAGUAUUAGUGGUACUGAUAGCAAGCGUUAGGGGGCGAAAGACGCGCGGCCCAUAAUACCAUAUAGUCUUCCCUUGUGCUUGCUGCAAACGAUGCGCGUGCAUCACUUAUGAUACAAAUAUAAAGAAUAUGGAUAUACAAGAAUAAUAAAACGAUAACGCUUUUAA